GCUGAGGAUGUUUAAAGGAAGAGAUGUAAAUAUAGAAUGAAAAGAAAGACGGACAGAAACAGAAAAUGUCUGAUAAGUGUGACAUGUGUCUGCUGGGACUGAUCACUCUCUCUGCACUUCUCACAGGUAGCAGUGGAGUGGAUGAGACUCAUGUGUUCUGCAGUUCUGGUGAAAAUGUCCGUCUGUCCUGUAAUAAUGCUCUUUCUGGCUGCACAUCAACUACAUGGAUCUAUACCAGACAUUCAGAGACAGUUGAACUGAUUGCUGGAGGAAUAAAGAAGAAAGACACAGAGAGACAUGAGAGACUGAGUCUGGGCUCUGACUGCUCUCUGAACAUCAAGAACGUCACAAAAGAAGAUCGUGGAUUUUACGCCUGCCGACAAUAUGUGAAUGGACCACAACAAGGAGCUGAUGCACAUGUUUAUCUGCAUGUUCUUCAUGUCUCUUCAUCAUCCUCACAGUCUGAGAUCAGAUCAGGCCGCUCUGUGACUCUCUCCUGUCAGUUAUAUUAUGAUCGAGUCUCUUGUGAUAGUUUGGUUGGUUCUGAGGGAAUUGAUCUGAUCUGGGUGAAUCAGGCUGGUGUGAAUCUGCAGACAGACUCCAGAUUUCAGAUAUUCUCCUCAGAACAGUGUCUCAGCUCUCUGACUACAACACUCCUGAAUGAAGAUCACAACAGAGAGUGGAGAUGUCAGGUUACACAGAGAAACCAGCUCAAGACCUCAGCCACAUAUACUGUCCAGUAUUCAGAUACCACACCAAACUCCCCAAAACAAGAAAACAGAAGAGGGACUAAUGACUCUGUGUUCACAGAUAAGAAUAAUGGAGCCAGUGAUUCAGUCAGCAGGUCCAUUCAUCUGACUCCCAGCACUAAUGAGCAUAAAGAUGACGUGACUUAUACUGAGGUUGCCACACACUGUACAAUCCAAGCCAGAAAGAAGGAGGUUUAUGAUGAUGAUAAAGUGACUUAUUCUUCCAUCAGAGGAGCAACAGCUGGACCUCAGGAUGACUGCAGGCAACUUUAUGCCUCUGUGAACAAGAACCAUCACAAAUAAGUCAAACAGUCUUUAAUUAUACAAUUAUAGUAUCAUGUGUAGAGGAAUAUAUAUAUAACUGAUUCCGUAAGAUUUCCAUUCAGUGCCAUUGUAAAUAAUGUCUUCUUUCAAAUUCUGUCAUAAUUUACUCACCCUCACGUGGUUCCAAACUCAUAAGACUUUGGGUCUGGAACCACAAAACCCAUUUCCUCGACUGCCUAGACUUCCAGUGGAUGGACAAAAAUGAUGAGAGAAUAUCUUUAAAAAAAUACCCUCAGGCCUUGUUUACACUUGGUAUUAAGAUGCGUUUUGGUCGAUCGGAUCACAAGUGGACAAAGAAGACACAUUCCCGUUUACACCUGCGGUUUAAAUCCGUCCCUUCUGUCCACUUUCGACCACUUCUGACCAGAUUAUCCCCCGUGGUGCUGAUUACAUCAAGAGGAGGGUGAAUGGGCGGAUCCCUCUGUCGGUGUUGAAACACGAGCGGGAGAGCUAAAGUUAUUGCGCACUAAUAUUACGUCUGCUUGUACUUACUGCUGUUUCUUUGCGUGUUAUCAGAAAAUAAUACUUCUGAUUCUGCCCAUCAAAGUUUAAAUCCCGUCUGAUAAGCACACAUCCUUGUACGUCUUGCAAUGAUUAUGUAUUAGGUCAGUAGACGGAGAGUAGGUGGUCUUUUGUGGCUGCUCGAACGCAUUCGACCACAUCAGCAUCUAAACUACGAGCGCAAUCCAGUCGAAUGCGUUUUUGACUACCUCUAGAAGUGGUCGAAAGUGGACAAGAUCAAAACGUUUCACAUCCCGAUCACACUUGUAUUUAGCGUUGCCCACUUGUGAUCCGAUCGACCAAAACACAUCUUAAUACCAGUGUAAACAGGCCUCGGUUGUGUUCUGAAGAUGAAUGAAAGUUAUACAGAUUUGUAACGACAUGAGGGUGAGGGAAGGGAAGGAUGACAGAACCGUUAUUUUUAGGUGAACUGUCCUUUUACCUGUGAUUACCAGAUUUCAGUUUGGGUUUUCAUAUUAACUGUCUGUUUUUCAAUAAACUAGCCUCUUUAUAUUAAUUCAGGAUGAUGCAUGGAUCUGUGUGCUUGCACAAAGUCUAGUCUAAAUGAAGGACAGUUUCUCUCUUAGAUCAUGCUCAUUAAAUAAUCCAGUUUCUUGAGUCUUUACUGCAGACUAAUUAACUUACAGUUUGUGCAAAUUAAGAAAAUAGGAAAAGACACGAUGUAAAUGUUUAUAACAAUAUGUAAUAAAUAACAAUUUGAUGUUUGAACCACUUGAGCAAUUGCUUUCACUAAAGCUUGUUACAUUUUAAUUAAUUUGUCAAAUAUAAAUGUAUGACAUGUCAUACGUACAGUCAU